AUGGAGAAUGUGGCAGAGCUACGUCGGCUAGCUCAGGAUUGCAAAUACGGUGACACGUUACAGCAGAUGUUAAGGGACCGCAUCGUUUGUGGAAUAAAUGAGGAUUUGAUUCAAAGACGUCUUCUAGCAGAAACAGAUUUAACAUUUGACAGAGCAUUGUCAACUGCUGUGGCAGCGGAGACCGCAAAUAGGAAUGCACAGGAUCUGCAAAACCCAGGUGCAACAGUAAAGCACUUCAAUGUCAACAACGGCCCACAGGACGCGGGUACAUUCAGAGUAGCAACAAGAGAGUGUUACCGUUGCAAGGGAUCCAAGCAUGUUGCAACAGACUGCACCCUGAAAGGAACCAAAGCCACCAUCCAUGUAAAAGCUAACGCUGUCCCAAGAUUCUUCCGUCCCAGAUCUGUACCUUAUGCCAUGCGGGCAAAAGUGGACGAAGAAAUAGACAGACUGUUGGAAGAAGGCAUAAUCACACCAAUGAAAUAUGCAGAAUGGGCAGCACCUGUUGUUCCGAUUCUGAAGCCUGUUGGAACUAGUAGAGGACCUGUUUGCAGGACUGUCAGGAGGAAAACAGUUCCCCAAGUUGGAUAUGAGUCACGCGUACCAGCAGAUACUCCUGGAUGAUGAGUAAAAAAAUAUUUGACAGUAAACACACAUCGAGGAUUGUUCACGUACAACGGACUGCCUUUUGGGGUUGCUUCCGCACCAGCCAUAUUCCAGAGGACCAUAGAGGGGCUAUUGCGGGGGAUUCCACUGGUGGCGGUGUACCUGGAUGACAUCCUGGUGACUGGAGUUAUAUAGAUAAUGUUGUGGACAUUAGGUUCUUCCUUAGAAGAUAUAACUCUGGUGAUGUCUGCUGAUUCUAUGUUGUUCACAGCUUUAUAGAAAUAUAAGGCUGACAUGAUAAUGAAGUUGAGCUGUAAUACAUUAUGUAAUGUUUAUCAUCUUAAAAAGCUGGAAAAAGAAAUAUCACCUAAUGACUGUGAACUAUAGCUCAUAUAGUGAAAAAAAAUGACUAACAAUUUAUUUUUUUCUCCCCCAACAAACAUUUUCUACUAGGAAAUAAGCAUAAUAAAACACUUGCAACCCAAUGUAAAAGGUCAUUCUAGCCACACAUGAAAGCCAGGAGUAAGCAUGUUGUCAGAGCAGCCGCAGGGAGAGAGUCGGUGAAAGAAGGGGGCCAUUCAGAUAGGUAGAUGUCAGCCUUGUCAGAAGCCAAACUACCUCCAGCACCAAUGUGAGGAAUCUUGGAGUUAUCUUUGAUCAGGACAUGUUGUUUAAUUAUCACAUAAAGCA